UCCAGGAAAAGAGAAGGAGCGGAACGAGGCUCGGACAGAGAAGAGACCAAACCCUAGCCCCCGAUCCAUCGAUCGAUCGCCGCAUCCCACCUCAUGGCAAUGGCACUGCGUAACCUUGUGACCAGGAUGGGGACCCCGGCCGCCGCCGCUCUCCGGCCGCCGUCGGUAUCCCGCGGGGCGCAGGCGGCGCGCUCUCGGCCCUUCUCCCGUCAGGUUGAACAUGAGGAUAUUUCCAAGAUACGUGCCAAAAAGAAGUAUGAGUUCAGCCUGUUCCUCCUUGAACAGUCAGAAAAACAGCUGGAGUCUGCGAAGGCCUGGACUCAGAGGUUUCAAAGGGCAGACAAGUACCUGGGUUGGACUCUCAAGGUGGUCAUGCCUGCUUCUCUUGUGGCUGCGAUAGCAGGGUCCAAGUAGGCGAUCAAAUGUCCAUUCACUUUGUCUAUAGCAUGUUAUGUAAGUCUCGGUUUGCGGCGGUUCGAAUGUGAUCACUAUGAUGAUGAUGAUAACAUUACCUGGUGAACGAUGGGUCGGGCAGUUUUGUUAAUGCAGCAGAACAUAUUAUUGUCCUGAAAAUGGUGAA